GUCACGGUGACGCCGGGGGCGCGCGGGCGGCAGGGCAGUGUAGGUCCCCGCCCCCAGAGUCUGGCUUUCCGCGGCUGCCCGCCUCGCGCGUCUUCCCCGCCCGUCCGCGUCUCCUUGCUGUCGCCGCCGCUGCCACACCAUGGCCUUCGUCACCAGGCAGUUCAUGCGUUCCGUGUCCUCCUCGUCCACCGCCUCGGCCUCGGCCAAGAAGAUAAUCGUCAAGCACGUGACGGUCAUCGGCGGCGGGCUGAUGGGCGCCGGCAUUGCCCAGGUUGCUGCAGCAACUGGUCACACAGUAGUGUUGGUAGACCAGACAGAGGACAUCCUGGCAAAAUCCAAAAAGGGAAUUGAGGAAAGCCUUAGGAAAGUGGCAAAGAAGAAGUUUGCAGAAAACCCUAAGGCUGGCGAUGAAUUUGUGGAGAAGACCCUGAGCAGCAUAGCGACCAGCACGGAUGCAGCCUCCGUUGUUCACAGCACAGACUUGGUGGUGGAAGCCAUUGUGGAGAAUCUGAAGGUGAAAAACGAGCUCUUCAAAAGGCUGGACAAGUUUGCUGCUGAACAUACAAUCUUUGCCAGCAACACUUCCUCCUUGCAGAUUACAAGCAUAGCCAAUGCCACCACCAGACAAGACCGAUUUGCUGGCCUCCAUUUCUUCAACCCAGUACCUGUCAUGAAACUUGUGGAGGUCAUUAAAACACCAAUGACCAGCCAGAAGACAUUUGAAUCUUUGAUAGACUUUAGCAAAGCCCUAGGAAAGCAUCCUGUUUCUUGCAAGGACACUCCUGGGUUUAUUGUUAACCGCCUCCUGGUUCCAUACCUCAUGGAAGCAAUCAGGCUGUAUGAACGAGACUCCCAAAUGUGUGGUGAUUCUAACUCGGGUUUGGGCUUUUCUUUAAAAGGUGAUGCAUCCAAAGAAGACAUUGACACUGCUAUGAAAUUAGGAGCCGGUUACCCCAUGGGCCCAUUUGAGCUUCUAGAUUAUGUCGGACUGGAUACUACAAAGUUCAUCGUGGAUGGGUGGCAUGAAAUGGAUGCAGAGAACCCAUUACAUCAGCCCAGCCCAUCCUUGAAUAAGCUGGUAGCAGAGAACAAGUUUGGCAAGAAGACUGGAGAAGGAUUUUACAAAUAUAAGUGACGUGCAGCUUCUCUGGCUCUGAGAAGAACCCCUGAGAGCACUUUCCAGUCAGUGCCCCGAGUGCCUGUGGGAAUGCUCUUUGGUCAGACAUUCCCUCACACAGCACAGUCUAAUAAAUGUGCAUUUUGAUUGUAAUCUAUUGAAGUGAUUAUUACACCAGUUACAGCAGUAAUAGAUUCUCCAUUAAGAACUAAUUCCCUUUUUUAGUCUGUUCAUUUCUGUGUAUUUUCUAAACAGCUUUACGCCCUUGGUGCCUUGGAGCAAACAUGUUUUUUGAACCUUGUCAUUUUUGUGAAGAAUUGCCUGGAUUCGUUCUCUCAUCAAGGGGAAAGUACUUCCUCCGAGAGUGCGAGUGCACCAUGCUCACUGUUGCUGCGUGGGAGAGUCACAAGCCACUGGCAAGCACGUGGUAUAGUCUGUGAAGCACUGCAGCGAGCAGCACCUGGAUCUUGCCUUUAUAAGAACAUUUUACUACCUGCAGCUUUGAGUCUUGCCCUACGUUUGGGGCACGACAUAAGAUGUGUCUUUAUUCAGCUCAUCGUGAAGAUGCUGCUGCUGGAUGGGUCGGCAUAUCUCUGUGUGCAUGGUUUGCAGGAGGUCGGUUUUCAUGGUCAUUCAGUUCCACAGAUCUGAAUGAUUACUGUCUGUCUGUGUCUUUUUUUCCAUGAGAAAUCACUGUUGCAAAUUGCCUGUAAAUUGAUUCUACUAAAAUAACAAUGUUUCAGUCUGAAAAUUUGAAUUGAAAAAAAAUGUAUAAUAUAAAAUUGUAAUACACUCAAAUGAUUAUGAAAGUAAAAAGUUGGUAAUAUAGGCAGAA